AUGCAUUGGUCAUACCAAUGGAUUCCACCAGCUCCGAGUAUCCUACUGUGGACACCAGCCAGAUUCGUUGCAUCCGCUCUUACUGCUCCGUGCCGGCAUUCUACCUUGUACCAAUUUGAAUACCAAGUCGGCGUUUACCUUGAGCUACUUGAACAUUUCACAACAUUCUCAACCCUUGGAAAAACUUCUGGAUAUCGCUAUUACUCUGUACUAAAGCGACUUUCGCACACCGGGUUUCCUGGACAACGAGCGGGGGCAGUAUAUCGUAAGGAAGGCGACCCUGAAACUAGCGGUAGUCUGGCCAUCCCUUGUAUCGCUUGUCCUCGGCCCGGGGUCAACUUCAAUAUUGACGAUGUUCCACUGGAGGAGAGGAUGUUUUUUAUGUUUUGGUUUUCUUUCGAUGGAAACUUCCGAAACUUGCGGAAGGCCAAGAAGGUCGAUAAGGACGACAUGUGCUUCACAGAUGGACUGAUGUAUUUUGUUGCUCAUGGGUUAUACCAAGAAUGGUUGAAAACCGAGGCUAACAAGGAACCCAGUACCGACAAAAGUCGUCCAGAAUGUGAUAAUCAUAAGGCGGCGCUGGACAGAUUCGUGCGAUGGGCGGGGCUUGACGUGACUGGGGUAGGCGCAUGUACCUGCGCGCGCCAUAGUUCAUUUAUGCCUCAAGGACUUGUCGAUUUCUUUAAAGGGGAACGCUUUGCUUAUGGUGAUUAUGCCAUUGCAUCAGCCAUUGCACGGUUGCUCAGGCUUGGGCCACUUGAAUUUGGAAUGACCUACGAUAUUUGGUGUCACUGGUCACCUAAGUUUCAGGAGCGAGCCACUAAAUUUCCGGCACAUCUGGCCCUCCCCAGCGACUUGAAACUUAUCGGAGGGGUCCCGAAGUUUCACAUUCAAGGACAUACAGAGAAAUGUCGUGUAUUACACUCCCUGAACUACAAGUCAUUUGUAGGGAGACUAGAGGGGGAGGGUUGCGAACGCGCAUGGGCGUUUCUGAAUGAGACCGCAGGAAGUACGUCCGAAAAAAGUCCUGGCGCACGGUGGGAUUCAAUCAAUUACAUUAUUCUCGAUUGGAAUUUUGAAAAGAAUAUAACUAUGGCCACGUUCCUAAUUGGGAAGUUUCGUGGCGCGCUGAAGUCUUACCAUGGGCAGAAAGCUGUUUUUACCGAACUCGACCAAUCUUUACCUAGUCAGUUGACCAUUCACUGGAGAAAAGAGUCGAUUGAGCCGUAUAAGGAUACAAACGGGCGGUGGACCAGCCCCUUUUUUGGCUCAUAUGAUUGGGGUCAGAGUCUACAGGAGGUUCUUCAGCAAGAAAAUGAGCGUGAGGAAAAGGAGGAGUGGCUGGCUGAAACUGAAACCACAAAACGAGGACUGACAAGGUGGAUAAAUAAAGGUAUUGAUCUGGAGAAUACAAUGGAUAAGUUACAAUAUGACACAUCAAAUCAGAAGCAAGAAGGCACGCCCCGCCAGCAGAACCUCCUCAACGAGCGCCGUGAACGACUUUUAUCGCGCAUUAACGCCCACCACCAGGAGCGCGAGCAGUACCUUGGGUCAUUGGAGACCCCGAUCACCAAGAGCGGGAGCAGAGCACCAAAAGUAGAGGCGCGACUCCAACGGGCUGUAUGCGAGGACGCACUUCGUACGAUCAAGAACCUGUUAGGAGCAAAGCACUUUGCGCUUCAACACAAACGCAAGAACGCUGUUGGAGAGAAAGCUUCAACGCGUAUGGAAGUAGCAAUGCGGGACUUACAGUCCAAAGUUCAAAGAGCUCAUCGCCGGUACAAUCGCUCUUGUGCGGCCCUCCUCCGCCUCGAUCUCGCAUCUACUGACCAAGAAACGUACAAAUUGCUCGAGUCGAACCAGUUGCGUAUGCUUAGUGAUUACUUAGAGAAUGUAUCGACUAGCUUAGGCCAGAAGGGUCAUGCCAUCCCAUGGUUUUGGCGCUCGCAGGCGGCGAUGAAUGAUGAACAAUGGCAGAUAGAUGCUCUCAAAGUCGAGUGGUUUAGAGCACGACAACGGUACAUUCAAUGGGAAGAAGAGCUGAAAUUUCUCAAACGAGAGAUGGUAAUGGCGCUAAACGGAUUUCAAUAUGAACGGCGUGAGUGGGAGUCCAAGUCCUUGCAGCCGGGCCUUGCCUCAGGAAUGGCAGAAUACGCACGUCAAAAAGCCGACUUUUACGAACAGCUAUCAGUUGACCUGUACAACCAAUGCGAUGAACAUGUCAAGAGACGAUGGUUUUUUGGCAGUCUGGGCAAGAAGGAUGGUUUUAAGGAAUAUAAUUCAGAGGUUAACCCAGCGGGUGUAGUUACAUGGCACUAUUGCAAACAAAAAAGCGAUGAAAAACAACUAGGAGGUGGAGGAGACGAAGACAAAGAAAUAGAAAUGGAUUGGGAUGAAACGCCCCCAAGCAAGCAACAUCGCGGCUCACCGAAUACAACGGAACAGAGCAUUUCACCAGGCACCAAUAAGAGGAAGAGAGCGACGCAACAGACGCAAGCCGCGUUGAGAGGAUCAGAAAGAUUGACUACUCCAUUGGGGAGUCCCGUACGCACGUCGCGUGUGCGCUUCUCACCUCCGCAGGCAGAGCUUGCCAACCAAAGUCCGAGGAGCCCAAACAAGCGUGCGGUGACGCCGUACCUGUCGCCAAAACGUCAGGAUUUGUUACCGGCACAUUGGGAACGCGAACUUGAAUCACCCACGCAACUUGACAAUAAUGACAAGUAA